CCCGACCAAUCAGCUUUCGGGUUCGAGGGUUUAACUCCUAUUUAAAAUGAAGACUUUGCCUCCUAACGGCCGAGCUCUCGGGAGGACUCGGAGCCUUCGGGUCGGAGGUGGGAGGCCGUAGGCAUCAUGGACAAAUGUAAAGAAAACAGCAUCUCGGGGCCUAAGACUACAGUUCCACUUGGUGAUGGCCCAAAACGUGUUCCGGUGACUCAGCAAUUUCCUUCUCAGAAUCCGGUGUCUGCAAACAGUGGCCAGGCUCAGCGGGUCUUGUGUCCUUCAAAUUCCUCGCAGCGUGUUCCUUCACAAGUGCAGAAGCUUGUCUCCAGCCAAAAACCCGUACAGCCCCUGAAGCAGAAGCCGACGCAGGCAGCCAGCGCCCCUCGUCCUGUCUCCAGGCCGCUGAGUAAUACCCAAAAGAGCGAGCAGCCCCAGCUCCCAGCACCUGGAAAUAAUCCUGAAAAGGAAGCGGCAUCAAAACAGAAAAAUGAAGAAUCAAAAAGAAGGCAGUGGGCUUUGGAAGAUUUUGAAAUUGGUCGCCCGCUGGGUAAAGGAAAGUUUGGUAAUGUUUAUUUGGCGAGAGAAAAACAAAGCAAGUUUAUCCUGGCUCUUAAGGUAUUAUUUAAAGCUCAGUUGGAGAAAGCAGGAGUUGAGCAUCAGCUGAGGAGGGAAGUAGAAAUACAGUCCCACCUUAGGCAUCCAAAUAUUCUCAGGCUGUAUGGUUAUUUCCAUGAUGCUACCAGAGUCUACCUAAUUCUGGAAUAUGCACCCCUCGGAGCUGUCUAUAGAGAACUUCAGAAACUGUCAAAGUUUGAUGAGCAGAGAACUGCUACUUAUAUCACAGAAUUGGCAAAUGCCCUGUCUUACUGUCAUUCAAAGAGAGUUAUUCAUAGAGACAUUAAGCCAGAGAACCUGCUCCUCGGAUCAUCUGGAGAGCUUAAGAUCGCAGAUUUUGGGUGGUCAGUACAUGCCCCAUCCUCCAGGAGAACCACCCUCUGCGGUACCCUGGACUACUUGCCGCCUGAAAUGAUUGAAGGCCGGAUGCAUGACGAGAAGGUGGAUCUCUGGAGCCUUGGGGUGCUUUGCUAUGAAUUUCUAGUUGGGAAGCCUCCUUUUGAGGCAAACACAUACCAAGAGACCUACAAAAGAAUAUCACGGGUGGAAUUCACAUUCCCUGACUUUGUGCCAGAGGGAGCCAGGGACCUCAUUUCCAGACUGCUGAAGCAUAAUCCCAGCCAGCGGCCCACCCUCAAAGAAGUACUUGAACACCCCUGGAUCACGGCAAAUUCAAAACCAUCGAGUAGUCAAAAAAAAGAAUCAGCUAGCAAACAAUCUUAAGAAUCUUUGGGGGCAGAAAUCCUCGAGACGGGGCUGCUGAUAAUCUGCCUGGAACAGGCUGCUGGCCUAUCUCCCUGCUGCCUGCCCGCCCUCGAGAUGCUACAGGAAAUACUGUUUAUGAGCAGGCAGUGCUCGGCCUCCCAGUUCAGAGCUCCACCUCCGCAGACAUGACACUCUGCAGUGGGAGCAGCCGUGGUUAUAUAAUCAAUCUGGAGGCAAGGUUCAAGUGCAGCCACCCCGCAGCCUGUUUUGAGUAAGGUGUCCUUGUGGAAGAUGGACUCGCAGCCUGGCUGUGGGGAAGGGCGGCUGUUUGGUCCUGACUCGACCCGUUGAAAAUCUGUGCAAUAACUUUCCAAGUCCCUGUGUGCGUGUAACUUAUCGGGUGGCCCAGUCUGGUAAAGCUGUCGGAAUGAACAUGUGAUUCUUUCUUUUAAAUGUUAAAAUAAAGACUUUUGUAUAGACUUGUAUUUUUACCUCCAUGGCGUUCCUUUAGGACCGCUCUCAGUGUCUGUCCAGUACCCCUGCCGAGCCUGCUUGUUGGUCCUCAGCCACUUACCUCCUGGUGAGACUGAGCGGGGGCCUCUGGGGGACCACCAGGGCUGCAGGUGGUCAGGACAGAGCGGGGGAGUCCUACACAUCCACACCUGCCCAUCCCUGGCCUCUGACUGUGUUCUCAACAGGAUGGCAAAGAGAUUCACACGUGGGGUGAACCAGUUCUUGGCAAAUGGAUUUUCCAAGUGUGGCUUUUGUCCUGAUUCUCCGGUGAAGGAGUGUUUGCCUAAACGGAAUUCCUCCUCCGCAGCCGUACUUGGAUCUGGGCGCUGUCAGUGUUCAUCGUGGCUUAUAAAGUGGACGCCUGCUGCCCCUUCAGUACAGCUGGCAGAGGCUUCCCUUCUUCCCUGUGUCACCUGGUUCCCACGGGACACACUGGAGUUGUGGCGUCUGUGUGAAAUUGAAACCUGAGUCCACAAGUACACCUGUCUGCAGUACAUGGGGUAAUUCUUUUCACCACCUGUUCACUCUUGGCCUAGAAAUGAGGAGGUGCCAUGAGAGGAGCUGGUCUCACGUUCUAUGUGUUCCUAUCACGUAAAGUGACGUAUUUCUGGCUGCCAACACCUGUGCAUCAACCAAAGAUGAUGAACUUGACCAUGAUGAAGGCAAAGGUGGAAGUGUUGAACUUACUGGGAACUAGGAGAGGAAACAUGCUUUCAUGGCCAACUUUCAGUGCAAGAGGCCUACAGAGGUCAGAAAUGUCUACACAGAAGGACGUGGCUAUACGCUUCCAUGUCAGAGUUGCCGAAGUAGUUGUGGAAACUUAAGAACUGAGUAAAACGGCCGUGUCCAGUUAGCCCCGUUGGGACAAAGGAGCUUUUGGUUCCCACAGUCUCGAGCUUUUACAUCCCAGAGUAGUAGUUCAUCCAUCCACCCCGGAUGCAGUCAACACAACAUGACUAACCCCACCAGUGACACUAGCUAAGCUGUCAUUUCCCCAAACAAUCCCACAGAAGCACAGAAAAGAGCUCACUGUAGCAGCACAGCAUUAAUAAACUAGUCACACGCACUGCUGCUUCAUGAUCAGCAGCAGUGAUGGCUUUCUAAGAAUAAAAAGUUCUUCAUAAACUUUACAAAGAUGUUUAUUUGUUUCACGGAAUUUAAGCUGCUCAUUUGGUCAGAUAAAAAAUUAGAGGUGAACAAUGGCUUACGUGUUUAAAAUAGAUCAUCAGUUUUAUUCCCCUAGUUCCAUAAAAACAAUGUAAAUACAAGUGAUCUGUACAUCUUGCUGGUGAAUUCACAUAAUGCUGUAACACCCUGGUCCUUUGAUUGCCUCUCCUCUCUAGUUACUCUGUUCUGUUCUGACAACUGGCCACUGGAGUGGAGUGGAGUUGGGGCUUACAAGAGAACGCUAUGGCUUUUUGGUAUGAUAAUUUGUUUUAUUGCUUGCCCUUUCAGUACACUCCCAUUCAAGCCCUUAAACCUGUAGGAAUCCCUAUCGGCUUUUUUGCAUAGGCAUUACUCACGAGUUGAAUGGUUGGG